UUGGUUAAACUUCAAGCCACUGUCGUCGGUUAGCCGGGAAUGACAACUCACGGCGGACAGGAGUACAGGAUAAGACAAGGUAACACCUAGCAUCGUGACACGAAUGAGACUCGACGGGCAGCGUAAGACUUGUAUCACCACGGCCACCCAGCUGCCAGUGAUGGAUGCCCAGGCCUUUUCAACCAAGUCCGUAGUCGGCGGAGUCACCGGCGGGCAGCUACAUAAGUCUGAUAGUCGAGUCGGCGACCGAGUCACUUGUUCCUCGCUUCUCGCCAUCCAGAGCCGUAAAAUCGCCAUUGCCAGAUGGAGACCAACGCUCAAGACCAUCCAUGUGGCCCAGCCCCGCGAUUGUGGAGAGGCGGAAACGUUGUGCACAGAUGGUGAAUGCCGCACUGCCCAUCUUGUCCAGCAAGCAGCGUGCGGCAAAUGGCGUGCAUGGUCCUCCUUCCAUUCCAAGGCUUGGCCGUACGCCUGCAGGGAGGGAAUGAAUCGCCAAAAGGCCCCCAAGGCAGGGUUCACACGGCUGAUCGCUGCAUGCGCGGAAGUGGCUACAAAGGGCCAGUGCCUCGGCUUGCACGACACUCAUGAGCAUGGUUCCGUCGGGUGGAUGUUUCAGAACAAGGAGCCCAAGGCGGAAGAAACAUUAUCGUCAACUCGGAAGCGAGGAACUUCCGGAUGUCGGGGGCCUCUGCACUGGGCCGGAGGAGAUGCGCUCCGGAUCCUUAGCGUGGCGUAGGAAGAAACAGAUGGCAGUAUGGUACUACUCUGGUGUAUUUGCGGAUUGUGGGCAGGCCUGUUGGAUGGUGUUGUGGAAACAAUGGAACCUCGCUCAAGGGGGAGGUGUGGCUGGUGGAUUGCAGAGGAUGGCUGUGUUGGUGCCUCAGUGCAUGCCUGAAUAUGUAUGUUGCACGACACCAACUGCCUCAUCGAG